AUGGCCACGAACCGGGCGUCAGCAGACGAUUUCGAAGAUCCGACGCGUGAGCAUGUCACAGGCACAGCUGUUCCUGGCCAGCAGCCAACGAACCAGUCUCCACCUUCUGAACGACCCAAUGCCUUCACAGAGAUGAUGAAGCCCAAAAAGAAACAGACUGCGAGCAACACCGAUGCACCGACCAAGCAGACCAUCUUCUCUGGACGCGAUGGCCUAGCAGCAUACACCAUAGACCCAGCGUCCUUUCCACAGAGCCGGGUUGUACGCUUCAACGACAAGUUCACGAUCAUCAGAGACCUCUUUCCUAAAGCUUGGAUACACUUGCUCAUCCUUCCGCGGGAUCCGAAAAAGAAUGUGCUAAGACCACAGGACGCUUUCGAUAAUGUACGAUUCCUCGAAGAGUGCAAGCAGGAAGAGAAGAAGGUUCGUGGCAUCGUUGCAGAAGAGCUACGGCGGAACUUUGGGAAGCACUCCAAGUCAGAGCGGGCGAGGAUGGAGGCUAUGGAAGCGGAGGACCCGCCGGAUGAGCUGCCUACAGGGCGCGACUGGUCGAAGGAGGUCAUUUCUGGUAUCCACGCGAAUCCAAGCAUGAAUCAUGUCCAUAUCCACGUUCUGUCCCGCGACAUGGUUAGCGAGCCGAUGAAGAAGAUCAACCACUACCUUUCCUUUACGACAGAUUUCUUCGUAUCACUGGACCAAUUCCCACUGCCGGAGGAUGACCACAGGAGGAACUACCGCCACUUGCCGGCGGACAUGCAUUGUUGGCGUUGCGGAAAGAAUUUUGGAAACAAGAUUUCCAAGCUCAAGGAGCACUUGGCCGAGGAGUUUGAAGAGUGGAAGAAAGAAUAA